AACGGAAGCAACCUUGCCAUUUCGUCCUCCGGGGCCAUGCAUGCGGGUGGUGGGACCUUUCAGUCACACCACCAAAAAAUCUUGUCCGCAAACCGGAUGCGAACCAAGGCGAUGGCGCAAGAGGAAUUACGCAGGAAGGCUUCAAUGCUUUCUCCUGCGACUGCAAGCGACGUUAUUUCACCUUCUGAGAAUUUGAAUUCAUCUACCUCAAGUGCAAGAAAAGGAGAACGGAUGGAUCUUCCCGGCGACGAGGUGAUAUCUCCAGCUGGAGGUGGUGCAGUUCCUGCAAGUAGCACUAGUGGCGGCCCUUACGUUUCCAUUGAGACCGCUCUCAAUUCGUGCGCGUAUUUGACGGCUCGGACGCAAGAGGAGAAAAUCAAGGUUCUGACCGGAGAGGGAGACAAAGUUCAUCGGGAUCUACGGCAAAAGACCGACAUCGUAUCUGGCUUACCCCGUAUCGUCGCGAGACUGUUGGCUGCUGCAACGCAGACCUCCAUGAACCAAAUCCCUUUUCGCUGUCGAGGAGUGCUGUUGCCCGAAAGAACUGCACAGUCACUUCGCGAAGAUACCAAUCCUGCUGUUGUUCCAAGUUUAUUGCAAGACACUCGGCAGUCGCGAAGAAAGGUGAGCAAACCCCCGACCAACUCAUCCCUCCGGUUCUUCCAGGAGCAGGCGCGAGCGUGGCGAAACGAAAAGCGGACCAAGAAACUCAACAUCGCCGUCUGCAUCACAGGUCGCGCGCGCACGCUCGCGGCGCCGGAAGUGUUCAACUCGUUGCACCAGAAUUUGACCAGUUUCGGGGAGGACCGCAACGCCAACGUGAAGGUGUUCUACGUCUUGGACCUGCAGGGGAAGGAGAAAAAAGACUUCGCGAGCGCGUUCAAACUACUCCCCCCGACCAGAAUCCUUGUCACGGACGACAAGGAGCACUACCCAGCAGAAUACGCGGAGGAGCCGGCCGUGUUGCAAAAGCGGCGGGAGCAACUGGCAGCCAAGAGCAUCGUGUUGGACGAUGAAGAUGAAAGUGAAACACGCGGCGAUCUGGAAAUAACUCGUACUGGUGCAGAUUCCUCGAGCAAAAGCGACGUGAAAAGGAAGAAAACCAGAAGCAAUGAAGAUCUGUCGCAGAUUCGCAUCCAAACCAUCCACGCCGCGGACCCGCCGAUCGAGGCCCGACACGUCUGCGACGCGCCGAUCUCCUCCGCUUUUCAGAGCCAGAAGCUGAAUCUGUGUAUGGAUUUGGUGCGACAGUUCGAGGAAGCCGGGGGGCUGGAUGAGGAAACCGAAACUACGGCUGGAGAAGUUUCUUCACCUCGCGACCCCCCGGCAGCUGUUGGAGACACGGCACCGUCGACGACCCAUGGUACUAAAUCCAGAACGGGCAACGUAAUUAUGCAGGACGGAAAUUAUAACGGAAAAGAGAAGCCCACAAGGUUCGACUGGCUUGUCCGCACCCGUCCGGACCUGCAAUUUCUGUCCCCGAUCGGUUCGCUCCGCAACUACGACCCGAAUUUUGUGCACCUCGUGCAGCGCAACGUGACCACGAGCAAGGGCGACACGCAGGACCACUUUGCCCUGCUUCCGCGGAAAUUUGCCGAGGCUUACAUGGAUUACGACGGGUGCACGGGCGUGUCCGCAACCCGGGUCCAGGAGUCCUGCGCGAAAACAGCCAGAACCACAUGGACGGAGUCCGCCCGGGUGACCCACGAGUGUGCGCUCAACAUUCGGCUGCGACGGAAGCAGGUGAAGGUGAAACCCCUAGGGCAUGUGUACAUCGUGGCCAGGUGCACAACUACGAGCAACACAACUGGAACUACCGGGGGAGAUCUUCUUCAUGCCGAAAAUAAUACCAUCGACGCCGAGGAAAGGGCUGCUGCAGGCGAAUUGAUAACCUGCUUCGACUAUGCAUUGCAAAAGUAUCGUACUGGAUAAAUUGCAAUACAAAAUUGCGCAGCAUUACAAAUUGCAUUUGUAAUGCUGAUUUGCCUUUAGAAAAAGAUUUGUAAUGCAUACAAGCAAUUAGUACGAGUACACUACUUUUGCACAGGAUAUCGACUCGGAGACAAACCCGGGAUCCACGAAAAAUUCGAUGGCGAUUAUCGAGGGAGGCAAGAGGUGAAGAAGCUUGGCGGCCUUUUUUCCUGAUGCAACCAGCAAGACAAAAAUCUCUUCCUCCACCAGCUUGGGAGGUGUGCGCGACCGGCCUCGAAAUGGUAGUGGCGGGCCACUUCUUGCUUAUCCGGCGAGAGGACCCACGCUGGAGCUGAAUGAAAAGGGUAGUAGAAGAAAGUGCCGUUACCGGGAAUCAACGCCUCGAAAGACCCAGCGCCAGCGACAUCGUGGACACGGACACGACGACCCUGCUGCGCGAGUGAAACGAUUGCGGUGGAUUGCAGGCGAACGGGAACAUGCGCCGCAGUGGAAACUGGUAGCGAUGGCCAGAGCUCGAAUGAUGUGAAGGACGCCCGAUUUCUACAUCAGAAGAUGUUUACCGUUCUGCUCUGAUGAUCAGCACGAAAUGCACCAAGCAAACGGAACACGACCGCAGACGGACACUCCGCGCGGCUCCAGCAACUACUUUUCUAGGAGCAGACUCUGGAUGACGUUCAAGAUGUUGAUGUUGAUCUCCUUGCGAUAUAUAUCAAGUUCCGGCGUCCCUCAUCUUGAUGAGUCUGGAGCCGCUCAGAGGAUUUCCGUCACAGCGUGUUGCGCACCAUCUCAAUCUCUUGGUCAUGUUGUGGGCGAGUCGAUCAUGAAAAGAUGUCCAUCACAGUGAUCAUUGUACUCCUGAAAAAACAAGAGAAAACAAGGAAGCAGAAUACACUGACUUCCGGAAGUGGAUCGCGCAAGCCACGGGGUGAAAAACCGAAGCAGUUGCCUCUCCUCUCAGAAGUAGAAGUCCAAGUCGACAGAAAACUACAAAAACUCCAGAGUGGUAAAGUAAAUUUAAAGUAAGGCCGCCAAAGCACUAGCUCCGGUGAAAAAAACGCACUGGAUUUUUGAAACAGGGCACCUGGCUACUUCACUGUAGUGUAGUUUUGUUUCGUCGUCGACGUCGUGAAAU